CCGCCCGCCGGCCUGCCUGCCAUCGUCCCGGCCGCCGCCGGGCCCCAGGGACCGGGCCGCCUCACACCGGGCACCAUGAACAGCAGCAGCGCCAACAUCACCUACGCCAGUCGCAAGCGGCGGAAACCGGUGCAGAAAACAGUAAAGCCAGUCCCGGCUGAAGGCAUCAAAUCGAACCCAUCCAAGAGACAUAGAGACCGACUUAAUACAGAGUUGGACCGUUUGGCUAGCCUACUGCCUUUUCCACAAGAUGUUAUUAAUAAGCUGGACAAACUUUCAGUUCUUAGGCUCAGUGUCAGUUACCUAAGAGCCAAAAGCUUCUUUGAUGUUGCGUUAAAAUCCUCCCCAGCUGACAGAAAUGGAGGCCAGGAUAACUGUAGAACAAAAGUCAGAGAAGGCCUGAACUUCCAAGAAGGAGAGUUCUUAUUACAGGCUCUGAAUGGAUUUGUGCUGGUCGUCACUGUAGAUGCUUUGGUCUUUUAUGCUUCAUCUACUAUACAAGAUUACCUGGGGUUUCAGCAGUCUGAUGUCAUACAUCAGAGCGUGUAUGAACUUAUUCAUACUGAAGACCGUGCUGAAUUUCAGCGUCAGCUACACUGGUCAUUAAACCCUUCACAGAGCAUAGACUCUGGACAAAGACUUGAUGACGCUAAUGGUCUUUCACAGCCAACUGUCUAUUAUAACCCAGACCAGCUUCCUCCAGAAAACUCUUCCUUUAUGGAGAGGUGCUUCAUAUGCCGACUAAGGUGCCUGCUGGAUAAUUCAUCUGGUUUUCUGGCAAUGAAUUUCCAGGGGAGGCUAAAGUAUCUUCACGGACAGAACAAGAAAGGGAAAGAUGGAUCGAUACUUCCACCUCAGCUGGCUUUGUUUGCAAUAGCUACUCCACUUCAGCCACCAUCCAUACUUGAAAUCCGAACCAAAAAUUUCAUCUUUAGAACUAAACACAAACUAGACUUUACACCUACUGGUUGUGAUGCCAAAGGAAGAAUUAUUUUAGGAUACACUGAAGCAGAGCUGUGCAUGAGAGGGUCAGGAUAUCAGUUUCUUCAUGCUGCUGAUAUGCUUUAUUGUGCCGAGAACCACAUCCGGAUGAUUAAGACUGGAGAGAGUGGCAUGACAGUGUUCAGGCUUCUUACCAAAGAAAAUCGGUGGACGUGGGUUCAGUCUAAUGCACGCAUAGUUUAUAAAAAUGGAAGACCAGACUAUAUCAUUGCAACUCAAAGACCUCUAACAGAUGAAGAAGGAGCAGAGCAUUUAAGAAAACGAAGUAUGAAGUUGCCUUUCAUGUUUACCACUGGAGAAGCUGUGUUAUAUGAGGUAGCCAGCCCUUUUCCUCCCAUAAUGGAUCCCUUACCAAUAAGGGCUAAAAGUAGUGCAAAAGACUCUGCUGUUAAAUCAACUUCAAAUAAGGAUUCUGUCGAUCCCAGUUCCCUCCUGGGUGCAGUCAUGCGACAAGAUGAGUCUGUUUAUCGCUAUCCAGCUUCAAAUACUGUACCCUUUGAAAGAAACUUUUUAAACAGAUCAGUUAAUGAAUGCAGUAAUUGGGAAGAUAAUAUUGCACCAAUGGAAAACGAUAAUAUUCUGAAACAUGAGCAGAUUAGUCACUCUCAGGAAAUGAACCUGCUACUCUCUGGAGGUCAUGCGGGGCUCUUUCCAGAUAAUAAAAAUAGUGAGUUGUACAGCAUGAUGAAAAACCUAGGCAUUGACUUUGAAGACAUCAGACACAUGCAGCAGAACGAGGAAUUUUUCAGAGCUGACUUUUCUGGUGAGGAUGACUUCCGAGACAUUGACAUGGCGGAUGAAAUCCUGACGUAUGUCCAAGAUUCUUUAAAUAAGUCUACCUUCAUGUGUUCAGGUUACCAACAGCAGCAACCCAUGGCCCUAAACUCAAGCUGUAUGGUACAGGAGCACCUACAGUUAGAACAGCAGCAGCAGCUACAGCACCACCAAAAGCAAGGAGUGGAGCAGCAGCAACAACUGUGUCAGAAGAUGGAGCAUAUGCAAGUUAAUGGCGUGUUUGCAGAUUGGAACUCUAACCAGCCCAUGCCUUUUAGUUGUCCUCAGCAAGACCUACAACAGUAUGAUGUCUUUUCAGACUUACCUGGGACCGAUCAAGAAUUUCCCUACAAAUCUGAGAUCGAUAUUAUGCCUUAUACACAGAACUUUAUUCCUUAUAAUCAGUCUGUGUUACCACAACAUUCCAAAUGUACUCAGUUGGACUUUCCUAUAGGGAAUUUUGAACCAUCCCCAUACCCUAGUACGUCUUCUAGUUUCGAAGGUUUUGUCCAUUGUUUACAAGUUCCUGAAAACCAAGAACAUGGAAUAAAUCCACAAGCAACUGUAGUGACUCCUCAGACCUGUUACGCCGGGGCCGUAUCAAUGCAUCGGUGCCAGCCUGAAACUCAGCACACCCGGCUGGAUCAGAUGCAGUACAAUCCAGCAAUGCCAGGACCACAGACAUUUCUAAACGAGUUCCAGAAUGGAGGCGUUUUAAAUGAAACAUAUCCAGCUGAAUUAAGUAACAUAAAUAACACUCAGACUACCCCACAUCUCCAGCCUCUUCAUCAUCCAUCAGAAGCCGGACCUUUCCCUGAUAUGCCAUCCAGUGGAUUUCUGUAAUUCCAAACGUAAUUUGCACCUUGGUGUGUGUAUGCUGCUUAAAUUAGUUUGUGAAAGAUUGCAGAAGUAAUAGAACUGUCAGUGUUGGGCAACAGCAAGUGGAAAUGGUGGCAUUGAUGCCUGUUGUUCACAUUGUUAUUCCAAACCACACUUUAAUUUGCAUCUUUAGAAGAGGAGUUAAAAAAUAAAAGAAAAAUUUGUAUGCUAGUCUUUAAAAUACGCUGCCACAGAAUAAUGAGAUACCAUACUACCUUUCACAUUAUUCUGAGCCCCACAAAAUAUGCAAAACUUAUUCAGAGUAAUUUUAAGAUUCUUUUAAAUAAGAACAUUUUCUCUAUUUGAAUUACUUGUCAGAAUAAAAAUGAAAUACUUCAAGUUUUGAACUUCUAGAUUCUUAUUAGUACAUCAGAGUUACAAAAUUUAACUAUUUUUUUCCCUGUUAGCUAUACUUUUAUCUCAGAUGUUAAAAUAAGUGGUUUGGUGUUUUUAUAAAAAAGACAAUCUCAAUGCUUUUCUUCACUGUUAAUCUAAGUGCCUCACAAUUUUUUCUACCUAUAAUACCGUAGGAUGUGUAUUUUAUAUAAAAUAUACUUUUUCUUUUUUAAUUAAGUUAACAUUUUUUUUGUGCACAAUUAUUAUUUGUAUUUCUUAAAAGCAGUCAUUUUUAUUAAUUCAGGCAUAUUUUAACUGCAUUACUCACCCAUUUCUUCAGGUAAAGGGCAAAUAAUGAUUGAAAAGGUAAUUAUUAUAUAAUCUAGUUGCUUCUAGACAUUAAAUGUUGCUAUGUGCCUUAUAUGUGGAAGAAAUCUGAAAAUAAAAAAGUCCUGCUAAAUUAUUUCUUAAUUAUUAUUUAACUAUUAAGAUUGAAAAAAAAAAAACAACCAAACUUGUUGCCAUCAAGUCGAUUCCGACUCAUAGCAAC